AUGGGGAGGGGCCUCGAGAAGAGCGGCUCUGGGCUUGACAAGAGCGGCUCGGAUCUGGCCAGGCAGAACUCUUCAGUGUCUGGCAUCUCCAAUGUGCCCGCAGAGGAGCCCGAGGAGGAGUGGGAGACCAUGAGCCAACUUCAGCAAAAGAUCACGGAUCAGAGACUUGCCUUCCAAGAGCAGCAGAAGCAGGAGCGUGCGGCAGCGCGGGCGGCCAGGAAGGCUGCAGCCAAAAAGGCGCUGCGGAAGAAGCUGCGCGACCCCCCCCCCGGCCAAGCCUUUCGACGGCCCUGCGCCAUGCCGCAAGAGCUCGGGGAGUUCCAGCGGCUCCCGGUGCAGUGCUCCCAACCCUCGGGGAGUUCGUCGCGUGUGGCGCUCACGGCGUGUCUUUGGACCCAUGGAAGCGGCGGUCCAGGUACUUGGAGCCGAAGCAUGCCGCCAUGA